AUGGCUUCAGCAGCUUCCCGAAUCAAGCUGAUUGUCGGCCUUGAUUAUGGCACGACGUAUUCCGGAAUUAGCUUUGCUCUCUCCAACGCUGCUGACUUCAAGGACAUUAUCCCUUGGACCAAGUACCCUGGUGCCUUUUCCCACAGUGCUGAGCACAGCGUGAAGGCCCCUACACGAAUUGCCUUUCCUGAAGAGAACCCCGAGCUUCGAAGCAAUGUUUGGGGAUAUCAGGUCGAGCCUGGCAUGAAAUCCUGCUCCCUGACGAAGUUACUCUUGGACCAGUCCGCUCUCUUGUCAGACUUUGACUGCGACGUGUAUGAUGUCAGCACCAACGACAUGAUGCGCCUCCCACCGGGAAAAUCCGCGAAGUAUGUCGCCACAGAGUAUCUUCGACAAAUGUUCAACAUGUUCGAAAAAUCCAAGAAAGAGCUUUUCGGUUCGAUGAAUCUCGAUGAGCUCCCAGUGGAUCUUUGGCUUACGGUUCCUGCGUCUUGGAGCGAAACUGCAAAGCUCUUGACCAAGGCGGCGGCCAUGGAAGCCGGAUUUGGAAAGCGGGACAUUGAUCAAGUCAUGCUAAUCUCGGAACCUGAGGCGGCAGCUCAAUAUGCCCUGAAAUCCAGUUUCAAUCGUUUGGACUCUUUUGUUCAGCAAGACACCGGUGUAAUGGUUUGUGACUGUGGUGGCGGUACUGUGGACAUCACGACCUACGAAGUCGAAGAGGUGCAACCUCUGCUGAAGCUUCGAGAAAUUGCCGUUGGUAUCGCCGGAAAAUGUGGCGCAACAUUCAUUGACAGAAACUUCUUGAAGCUCAUGGCUGAGCGAUUCGGCGAAGCCUUUACCAGCCUGGAUCCUGAACAGAUUGGCCCUGGAAGCACAUUCAUGGAUCAAUUUGAACAGAAAAAGAAAGAUUUCAGUCACAGCAACGUCAGCCACAGAGCGCAUCGAAUAUCGCUUUACAUGCCGGCUUUGAAGCGCUCUCCCAGGACAGAAAAGUUUUACGAAAAGCGCUCCUCCUCCGUCCUCCUUACUCACCAAGAUUUGAAAGAUAUCUUCGCUCCCGUCGUGAAGAAGAUACUGGUUCUGAUUGAAGAUCAAGUAUGCCGAACCAAGGAUAAAGGAGAGACGCCCAUCACAACCAUCGUUCUCGUCGGCGGAUUCGCCUCAUCGCCCUACCUAAGAGAGUCGAUUCAGGACUGGAGCGAGGAACAUAGGAUUCGCCUUUCUACGCCUAUUUCUGGAGCGUGGUCUGCGAUUGUUUGCGGCGCCGUGCUCAGAGGGCUAGAAGGGUCUAUCGUUCGCGAGAGAAAGUGUCGGAGACACUACGGGAUCGAAAUCGGGAGGCCGUACAAGAAUCAACCCUACGAUAAAAGCAAGCGCUCUACCUACAUUGACAAGUUUGAUGGUACGCAACAUUUGACCGGAUUCAUGGACUGGCAGUUCAGCAAGGUGCGUUCAUUGCCGGACAUAGAGAUGACGGGCGAUAUUUUACUUACCGGUGUAAAACAGGGCGAAAAAGUUCACAAAGACACAGAGAUUAACUUCGACUGUUUCUGGACUCUCUCAGGAUACCCCCCAUUUGAUAAAUCCUUGACGUUGUACUCAUGCAACUUGGAUACUGCCCCGGACAACAUUGAGUCUGAUCGUGCUGAGAUUGUGGGCAGCGUAAUGUUUGAGCUGACUGAAGCAGACCUUGCGGAUGCCGAUUGGAUCACGAAGAAUGGCGUAACACAUUACAGAGCCAAUAUGGUGAUCAAUGUCAAGCUCAACGAUGAUGCCGGCCACUUGGUUUAUCGAGUCCUGCUCGAUGGUGAGGAGAUUGGGCGCGCCAACGUCGAACUGGAUGAUUAG